AUGCUAGCUAAGCACGGUCAAGACAUAGACGGGACGGACGGCCAGAAACGACCAUCCCACUACACGGAGGAUCCAUCCCAUGACAAGCGCGAGAAACGCAAAUGUCCCGGGAUAGAGGUUUCCCGCACAUUUCCAAGCAGCUAUGUGGAAGCUCAGAAACAUGGAAAUGACGGAAGGAUUAAAAUGAGAGAUUUUAAUUCUCAAGUACGACGGGACGAAACCCUCCAGUCAAGGAAACGUCUAGACACUCAGCAGCUUGUUGAUCUGAUCAACAAUGAGCCAAUGGGAAGGAGCCACUUGAUCCAGGAAGAUAGGAUCAAGGAGGAGAUGCUCAUCCUCAACGAACCAAUCACGUUCAGCUACCCAACAGCUUGGGGAAUGGACCAAUGGGAAGGUGCCAUUUGA